AUGUCGUCCAGAGUGACUCGCUCGUCUGCGAGGCUUUCAUCAGGCUCCUCGUCCAGCAACCCGCCCAAUCCCUCCGCCCCGCUUCCGCCCGCGCGUGCUGGCUCGACAAGGAAGCGCAAGGCCCCUGCCCGCGAGAGCAGCCCCGAAGAACCCGAAGAGCAGCCCGAAGAGCCUACUGCUCGCGCCGGCCGUUCUAAGCGCACCAAAGUAGAGCAGCAGGACCCGCCUGCUCUCUCCGCUGCUCGCUCGAAGAAGGGCAAAGGCAAAUCGGCCAUGUCUACGCCGGGACAAGCCACCGACAGCCCAGAGGAGAAGGCACAACCCUCUUCAUCGAAACGCGGCAAGAGCGGUCGUGGGAGUGGAGCUCAAGGUGACAGCUCCCAGCAGCCUCCGAAGCUCCCCAAAGCUAAAUCCCGUACAGACGCCGCACCUUCAUCCUCAUCCCGAAGAGGAUCCCGCAAAUCGAAUACAAAAGAUGACGACGUAGCUAUGGAGGACGCACCCGGCACGGAUGAGACACCACAAGGAGGUACUGGCCCUGGCCGGCCCGACACCAGCGAUGGUAGCAACGCCGAUGGCCAGGAAGGGCGCUACGAUGACGAUGACGACGACGAUGAUGACGACCCGUUCGGCAGUAGCUUCCUUGGGCGUCAUCCAGGAGGUCUCUCUGCCUUGCGGCAUCUCACCGGCAUGGCCCAUUUGAUGAGUAGUACCAACAAUCGGCUCCGAGGCAUACUGGAACAGCUACAGUCACAAGACUCGACCAUUCAACUGAUCGCACUUCAGGAUCUUUCCGAAGUUCUGUUGAUUUCCACAGAGGAUAAUUUAGCCGGUCACUUCUCGCCCGAUGCCUACGUAAAAGAGCUGGUCAAAUUGCUGCAACCCAACGAGUUCACAGGCGAAGAGAACCCCGAUUUGAUGCUCCUUGCUUGUCGGUGUCUGGCAAACUUGAUGGAAGCACUCCCACAAGCCACCGCUAACGUCGUCUAUGGCGGCGUUGUACCAAUAUUAUGUUCAAAGUUGCUUGAGAUCCAAUUCAUCGACCUGGCGGAACAGUGUUUGAGUACGCUGGAGAAGAUAUCUGUCGAAUUUCCCGCGUCCAUCGUUCGCGAAGGUGGCCUCACUGCGUGCUUGACGUAUCUCGACUUCUUUGCUACAGGCACUCAGCGAACGGCCGUCACCACGGCCGCGAAUUGCUGCCGAAACAUCCCUGAGGACUCGUUCUCUACAGUUCGCGACGUCAUGCCCAUUCUUGGAAACAUUCUGAAGAACAACGACCAGAAGGUUGUAGAGCAAGGUUGCAUUUGCGUGUCUAGAAUUGUACAGAGCUUCAAGCAACAAGAUAGCAAGCUCGAAGAGCUCGUCAGCCCUGAGCUGCUGCGGGCGAUCCUUGGGCUUCUUCUGCCUGGGACAACCAAUCUCAUCGGACCAAACAUUCAUACCAUGUUUCUCCAGGUUCUCGCAUACACGGCAAAAGCGAGCCCGCGCCUCUCCGCCGAGCUGUUCAGAAUGAACGUGGUGGAUACGCUUUAUCAGAUAUUGACCGGUGUAUCUCCACCAGCUGGGACUGAAGAUGUUGCGACCAAGAUCGAUACUGUCGUUAUCAUGCAAGCUCUGAUUCACCGACCGAAGGAUCAAGUCUUCGAAACACUUAAUGUCAUCUGUGAGCUCUUACCUGCUGUGACGAGGGAAGACCUGACCUAUUUGGACGAUCUCUUCGAUGCCGGCUACCCUGGUGACAACGCACCCCCACUCUCCGCUUCCCGAACAUCUAACGCAGCUGGCGAUAAUCGCCUGGAGCUGCUUGAAGACUGCAAAGAGCAAGUCAAGCGUUUUGCUGUUAUCUUGCUUCCCACUUUGACGGACGUGUAUUCCAGCACGGUCAAUCUGAACGUCCGACAAAAAGUCUUGACAGCACAGUUAAAGAUGCUCUCCAAUCUCGACACUGAUAUACUUGAAGAGGCACUGCGUGCUGUUCCCUAUGCGUCAUAUCUUGCAUCCAUAUUCUCACAACAAGAUCAUCCAUCCUUGGUCACAUAUGCACUUCAGGCGGCUGAACUCCUGUUGAAGCGUCUCGAACCAAUCUACCGAUACCAGUUCUAUCGCGAGGGUGUCAUCUCCGAAAUUGCGAAACUCGCCAGCCGUUCAUGCAAGACUCUGGAAUUACGACCAAAGGACCCGAGGACCACUAUUGAAGUAGAAGCGGCUGUUGACUCCAACGCCAGCUCUAGUUCAACUGGCGAAGUGGACAUGGAUCAGGAUAUUGGCGAGGAGAUAGAUGUGGAGGUGCACUCGGAGGAUGAGGAGGCCGAGAAUGGAAACGAGGACGAAGAGCCGCACGACCACAGUGACAACCGAGACGAUGACGACUCAGAUUCGUCAUCUUCCUCCGAACGCUUCCACCCGCCUCCGAUGCCAAACGCCGAAGAUAUCAUCACGCUACGGGCAAAGAAAUUCAUCGAAGUUCACGAGAAUGACGAUGCCAAAGUCAUCCGGGAUAAGGCUACCGUCAUACUAGAAGACCUGAAAUCUCUUGCCAAGGAGAUUCGUCAAUGCGUUCUUGAAGACGGUUCAGGGAAUUGCAUUGAGCUGUUCACUCGUUUGGCCGCCUACUUUGAGGGCGAUGCACUUGAGAGUAUCACCAGCUACGAACUCAUGUCAUCGAACAUAGUGGAUGUUCUAUUAGACGUCUUCUCGACCACCAAGACUGCUAAACGCGUCGAGGCUCAUUCCUUGUUCCUCGAAGCGUUCAUGGGCACCAGCAGCAAGAAUAAGAUCAAAACUGCUAGCAGUGCCUCUCCUGCCACACCCUUCAGUGUCCUAGUUAGCAAACUCCAAGACUUGCUGAGUAGGGCUGAGCACUUUGAGGUCAUCACUGUUCAUCAGCACUCAUAUGAUAGCCGUGGCAGCGCUACUUCUAUGUUGGCCAAACAGUUGCGAUUGAAGCUCAUGGCCGACGAUGAAUCUGGUAUCCCGAAGACGUACCGCAACAUGAUGGUAUCAAUCCAUGCCAUCGCAACAUUCAAAGCACUGGACGACUACUUACGACCUCGCAUUGCCAUUGCUGAACGACCGCGUCCGCCGCGCACUCGUGACGCUGCCGCGUACGCGCAAGCGCUCGCCGACGGACGACUACCAGUUCCUCCGCCCCCGCAUACUCCAUCCGAGUCGACUAACCGCUCGUCGUCGCGGAAAUCCAAAGCGAAAUCAUCGGGGUCUACAGUACCUGCACAGGCCGGCCCAAGUUCAGCUUCCCAAGAGAAACCACGUCGGUCUAGUAGACGACAGCAGGCACAACCGCCGCCACCCCCGUCACCCCCGGCACUGCAAAAGCCUGUCUCUGACCGCGACCCUGUGGAAUGCGCCGACGAGGAACGCCUCUCCGACCCAGACUCUAUGGACGAAAACAGUGCCUUGAAUGCUAUUAUGGAUGGCCUCGAAGACGAUAUGGAUGAAGAGCAGCCGGACCCGUCUGCAGUCAGCGUUGAAGUUGCGCCUACAGGCAAGGUCACUGCUCGCAAAGAGGACGGAACUCGAGUAGCGACCCCCGUGCAAGGUCAGACACCGAACAGACCGCCUACGCAAGAGCGACUCUCAACGCCCUCACGGCUGUCCUCGCUUCUCCGUGGUGCCGCUGCCCACCACGGUCUUGGUGGUGUACUGUCGUAUGCAGCAGCAGUGCAAUCCACUCCACAAGAUUGGCACAUCGAAUUUAGCGUUGAUGACCAGCCGAUUUCGAAUGAUACGACGAUCUAUCGUGCCGUGCACUUUAACCAAGGCCAGCCGGGGGACGUGCCACACCGUACCGUGUGGAAUGCGAUACACACCAUCAAGUUCAAGCGUGUACCUGGCCCGCCUCCUACAGAAUCCAACACGAUUACCCCACCUCUCGACUCGAAGACCGGCACUUCAGGUAUCCCACAAUCGUUGAGCGAUCACCCGAUCACUACUGGCAUCUUGCGUCUGCUUAGUAUUCUACAUGGUCUCAACGCAAACAUGGAUGACCUAAUCUCAGACAAUCGAGCACAGCUCAAAGUCAACGCAGAGCCCUUGUCGCAGUUCGUCAACACGAAGCUGACUGCGAAGCUGAACCGUCAGCUGGAGGAACCUUUGGUAGUGGCGAGUAACUGCCUUCCGAGCUGGAGCGAGGACUUGGCACGCCUCUAUCCCUUCCUCUUUCCUUUCGAGACACGCCAUUUGUUUGUGCAAUCAACUUCGUUCGGAUACUCGCGAUCUAUGACGCGCUGGCAAAACGCCCAACCGACAUCCGACAGUAGGCAUGAUCGCCAUCGUGAUGAGCGACCCUUCCUUGGACGCUUGCAGCGACAAAAGGUCAGAAUCUCGCGUGCCCGCAUUCUCGAGUCGGCCAUGAAGGUGAUGCAUCUCUACGGUCACUCCCCGAGCGUCUUGGAGGUAGAGUACUUUGAAGAAGUCGGCACUGGACUUGGGCCUACCUUGGAAUUCUAUUCUUCCGUAUCAAAGGAAUUUUCGAAGAAGAAGCUCAAGCUUUGGCGGGAGAACGAGUCGAAUGGAGACGACGAAUACGCUUUCGGAAAGCGUGGUCUCUUCCCAGCACCGAUGAGUGCGGCACAAGCUGGUACUGAGAAUGGUGCCAAGAUUCUCGAGCUCUUUAGGACGUUGGGGAAGUUCGUCGCACGCUCAAUGUUGGACUCGCGAAUCAUCGAUGUGUCGUUCAACGCAACCUUCUUUCGCGUCGGGGACGGAGCCGCUGCCGUUGCGCCUUCUUUAGGGGCCGUCAAAUCUGUUGAUCACGACUUGGCCAGAUCACUCAAGCUGUUGAAGCAGUUUGCCGAUAAGAAGAAGCAGAUCGAGAGAGACGACAGCUUGACCGCCGCACAGCAAGCUUCAGCGAUCAAGGGCAUUGUCUUUCAAGACUGUCACGUGGAUGACCUUGGUCUAGACUUCACGCUUCCUGGAUACUCCAUCGAGCUUGUUCAAAAUGGUGCAGACCAACAAGUCACGAUUGAUAAUGUGGACAUGUACGUUGAGAAAGUACUUGAUCUGACACUAGGUUCUGGUGUUCAGCGCCAAGCGGACGCCUUCAGGGCAGGCUUCUCCGAAGUCUUCCCCUACUCCGCAUUGAAGGCUUUCACGCCAGAUGAGCUCGUUAUGCUCUUCGGGCGUGUUGAGGAGGAUUGGUCUCUUGAGACUCUAAUGGACUCCAUCAAAGCGGAUCACGGAUAUAAUCUUGACAGCAAGAGUGUUCGUAACCUUUUGCAAACCAUGAGCGAAUUCUCGGCUACUGAGCGUCGUGACUUCCUGCAAUUCAUCACUGGUAGUCCGAAACUCCCUAUCGGAGGUUUCAAGAGUCUCACUCCGAUGUUUACCGUUGUCUGCAAGCCGAGCGAGCCACCGCUUACAUCCGACGACUAUCUCCCGAGUGUUAUGACUUGCGUCAACUACCUCAAGAUGCCCGAUUACAGCAGUAUGGACGUUCUCCGUGAGAAGCUCAGUGUAGCAAUUCAGGAAGGGCAGGGCGCCUUCCAUCUUUCCUAA